UUCUUAGCGGGAUGAAGCAGACUGUGGGCUGGGCUGCUCUCUGACCAACUUGAUCUCGUUACUUCGUUAGGGUUUCGGCUGAAGUUAGUUACCGUUGGUAUAGACCAUAGACUGUAUAAAAACAGGUAUAGACUCACACUCAGGCACACCUUCUGCUGUUCUUAUCUAAGAGGGCGUGUCCGAAACGAGUCUAGUAAGCGAGGGAUCACCUGAGCUCAUCACACCAGCAGCACACAGGUGUCAAAAUGGGCAAAGCUGUUGGACGCUGGGACUUUGAGUGGGUCUAUAACGAGCAGCCGCACACAUGGAGAAGAAAAGAAAUAUUAGCAAAGUAUCCUGAAAUCAAGUCUCUGAUGGGUCAUGAUCCCCAGCUGAAGUGGGUCGUGUCAGGGAUGGUUCUCACCCAGCUCCUGGCAUGUUACAUGGUCCAUGAUCUCUCCUGGAAGUGGUUGUUGUUUUGGGCGUAUGCGUUCGGGGGCUGCAUCAACCACUCUUUGACCCUAGCCAUCCAUGACAUUUCACACAAUGUGGCCUUUGGCACCAAAAGGGCACUCUGGAACCGCUUGUUCGCCAUGUUCGCCAAUCUCCCAAUUGGCUUGCCUUAUUCCGCAUCCUUCAAGAAGUACCACAUCGAUCACCAUCGUUAUCUUGGAGGUGAUGGAUUGGACGUAGACAUUCCUACUGACCUUGAGGGCUGGUUCUUCUGUACCCCAGCCAGAAAGGUGGUCUGGCUCUUUCUCCAGCCUUUGUUCUAUGCGCUCCGUCCGUUGGUGGUGAACCCCAAGCCCGUGACCAGGUUGGAGAUGCUGAAUGCAGUCGUGCAGUUUGUGGUAGACAUUAUCAUCUACUAUUUUUGGGGUCUCAAGCCCAUUGUCUACCUCAUCUCUGGCUCUAUACUGUGUAUGGGCCUGCAUCCAAUCUCUGGACACUUCAUCGCUGAGCACUACAUGUUUAUGAAAGGUCAUGAAACCUACUCUUAUUACGGCCCUCUCAACUUAAUAACCUUCAAUGUGGGAUACCAUAUGGAGCACCAUGACUUCCCCAGCAUUCCUGGCAGCAAAUUACCUGAGGUCAAGAGAAUUGCAGCAGAGUACUAUGACUCACUCCCUCAACACACUUCCUGGAUGAGAGUGCUCUGGGACUUUGUGUUUGAUGAUGCCAUCGGCCCCUACGCCAGAAUCAAGAGACAAUACAAACUUGACAAAAAAGAAUGAAUUGUGUUUUAUACUACUGAUCUAACCAAACAUACAAGGUAUUUAUUUACACAAUAUCUAUACAAAUCUGUGAGGCACUUGCAGGCGUUAAGUUAAAAAGGAACAAACCCUUUCACGUGUGAACCUGCAUACCCUUUUCAUUCUGUCACAGAAUUUCAUCAUAUAGAUCCAUCUGUGUCCAAUGUUUGCACAAUAACGGUUAUGAUUUGUGGUUUACUGUUUGGGUGUCUCAAAGCCCAGCUAAUCUUCUCAAAUUCUUUCCAUACACCCAUUCCUAAUUAAACCAUGAAAUUUAGUUUAGAUGUUGUUCUUAUGGUAUUCAUGUUUGAUAUCACUGUAGUUAUUUGUGAUUAUCACCUUUUUACACUUUCUCAGCUAAAUCCAACUACUGAGAUGCCAGCUAAUAUGUACCUAAGGAAAGAAGUGCUGAGAUGAAAUGAAGUGGAUUUAUAUUGCCUUUUCAUCGGAGGCUUUUUUGAAGACGGAAUAUUUAAUAUUUUAUGCACUGUUGUGUAACUAGAAGUCUUUAAAUAUUUUGUUUAAUACAUUCUGUUGUUUGCGAUUUGACUGUAUAACUACGAACACCAUAUUGUUGUGGAAUAGAUUUGUUCAGCCCAAUGUAUUUCAAUAAAUUUCCUUCUUGCAUGAUGAAUCUGAA